AUGGCCCCGGCAACGCCGUCGCGCCGAGCUUUCCACAACGACACGCGCAACUUUGGCGGGCGCGUCGCUGUCUACGAUGAGCUGAUCAACCACCAAAUGAAGUUGCUCAGCAUUAACCCCCAGGGCCACUGUGGGUUUGGCUUAGCUUCAGCCAAGACGUCCAAGCCCGGCAUCGUGUCGCUGCGACGGCGGCGCCCGCCAACUCCCAUCGCUGCCACUGAUUUGUCGGCGAGGCUGAGCCGAAAUCGUAAGAGUGCCGUGAACACGACCCUGGUGGACCACCAAAACGAAAUCAAAGUCAUGAUGCACAAGAUCCUUCAUUACUCGAAGCGACAGAGCAUCGACAACGUUCAGAAGAAUCGAUUGCCGCCGACCCCUGCCAAACACAACCUGUUCAACGGUCCGCUCAAGGAUGGGUUUGGCAUCCCGCGACAAAUUGAUGGACCGAUCCACGACGAAGCCAAGCGCCGCUUGCAUGCCAUUCAUGCGUAUCGCGACGAAGACAUUCACAACGAUAAAGUCGGGAUUCGAUCUGUUCGGUCGAUUCGGUCUGCGCCGUCGAAAAGCCCCCGCACUCAAAUCAUGCCCACCAACCACAUCAACGUGCUGCUCUUGACUCUGCAGCUCUACUUGACGGAGCACCGCAUAUCUGUGCUCGAAUUAUUCGGCCAGGCCGACCGCGCGGGUGAUGGAUCCGUAUGUGUGUCCAAGCUGCGCUCGAUCUUGUUUCACAUGGACCUCGGGUGGACACAGCACGACAUUACACUGCUCGUGCGAGCUAUGGACCCAGAGGAAACUGGCGUCAUUCUGCCCAUCACAGUCGAGACGCUUCUCCGGAAGUUGCAGCAACCUCACUUGGGAUGUCCCUCGAUCGCCCCCCAGCCAAGCGUUCUCCUUCGACGAUUGCUGGGCCAGAUUCACAUUGUACCUGCACCCUUUAGCCCUUCAACGUCGCUCUAUGGAAGGCGUGUCCAGGACCUGAAAAAAGCAUUCGCGUCCCCGCGUGUAAAGCCAUGGAGUUCACCGAACCAAACCUCGAGCGACGAGGCGUCCGCGACUUGA